CUUCAGAAACAUCUCUCUCUCAGGCUAAUGGGUUUAGCAGGUGAUUUAGCUACAAGGCAGGGCCUUUCUGGGUUUUUCGAGUUCCGAGGAGGGAGGUGGCUGGGUGGCGGUUGUGCGUGUCGGGCAGGGGGUGGGGGUGACGGGAGGCGGGGUGCUGCUGGCUCUCCCUCCCCCACGCUGCUGGCAGAGCAGCCUCUGCGUGUCAGGUACCGUGAGAAGGCGCGGGAGGAGGGGGAGCCCAGAUGAGUGCUGAGGGGAUGACUUAGAGCCGGCUUUCCAGAAGCCGCGCACGCAAUGCAAACUCCGCACGCAAAGGGGAGGCGACCCAGGAGAAGGGAAAAAAAAACACACACACACGCCAACACCAAACUUUUCAACUCUGUAACACUCGGGAGACAGAGUGUUUUGUUUUGUUUGUCUUUCUUUUUCCUUCCGCGCGGUUCACUAAGUCCCACCAAGGGACGCCAGCCGGCCCGUCUCGCCCCACCCUCCUUGUAGGGCCCGCUCUCCCGGGUAGAUCCUUCUUUAGGGGCUGCUCUGCCCAGACAAACCCAGUAAGGCGAAGUGGACUGAGAAGAGUAAAGGAAGAUUGAGCCCGUGGCCAAAGCCUGCCGCGGUUACGCAGAGAUCGAGCGAGCGCACGCGCGUUUGGCUUGACUGAGCAUCUGCGGGCAGAUUCCGGCAUUAGGUGUACACAGAGAGAGCCGGGCCGCCCGGCUGACGGGUCUCUUCGCCGUCUGCUGGACAUCUGUGAUUAUGACUACGUUUGUUUAUUCAAGAACCCUAGGUGGAGGAUACCUGAAAUCCUACCUCUUUUAUGCCUUGGAAAUGUGCUUGAAAAAUUUAAAGGUAGUCAAUAUACUUUAAAAAAAAAUCAAAACACAUAGAAGCGUUUUUAAAACUAGUUCACGCUUUCCAAUGCAGUCCUCAUUCUUCUUUGUAUGUUGAAGUUUGUGGUUAUUUGGGAAGUUCAUAGGGAAUUUUUUUUUUUUUUAAUAUAAAGGCAGGGAAUAUGUAUUUACAUAAGCGCCUACUUUGUAUUAAGAACUUUACAAAUAUCUCAUUUUACCCUCACAGCAGCCUGGAAAUAAGAUACUGACCCCGAUUUACAAAUGAGGAAAAUGAGGGAAAGGUCAGGUGACUUGCCCAAUGCCAUAGAGCUUGUAUGUGUCUGAGGCCAAUUUUUAGUUUAAUUUAGCCAAUUUAGGCUCGGAGCUCCAUUCGCUGGACAACCUUGCUGCCCCUAAAAGGUGGGUAGGGGGAUAUUUUAAAUAAAUAGAUAGAUAGCAGCUUGCUGAUAGAUUAGACAGACGGACACAGACAGCAAAAUGUGGGAAAGAAAGGAGGAGGAAACAGCAGCUACAAAGGGCUCUGUCGUUUCUUUAGUUUACAAGUUAUUUAAAAGCUGCGCAGGUUCACAUCACUUUUAUCAGGCGGAGUCUGGGAUUGGGGAUAAACUGGACGGAGACCCAGAAAGUAAAAUAAGAGGGGCAUCAAGAACCACUGGAUCAUAGGAUUGGAUUAUAGGUUUAGAGUUGAAAAGGAUCUUAGAAGCCACUAACCUCAAGCCCUUCGUUUAACACUGGAGGAAAAUGAGGAUGGGAGAGAUUAAUUGGCUAGACUCGAGAAGAUCUGGGUUGAGGUUGAAAUCCUGAGUUAAAGGGUCACCCUGGACUAGUCACUUAAUUUCUCAGUAGCCCCAGGCCACUCUAAAACAGUAGGGCACAGAACAGCUGCACACCAGCAAUUGGUGAAGGAAGUUUCCUUCUCUAACUCCGGAGCAAGGAGGGGGAAAGAUCCCAGAAAGGCCGAGAAUAGAUAGGUAUGAAGCAAUACAACGCUUGAAUGUUUACAUUAAAACCCGCCCAUGGGAGAAAUGACCCUGGGGAAAAGUGAUGGACUUUGGGAUGAGGAGGGUAAUUUUGUUGCUGGGAUUCAGCUCUAAGUGGAAACUAGAAAUCCGAGGCUUGAAAACUAACGUAUACUUUAUCUUAGGGGUGACUGGAUCUUAUUGCAAAGAAAACACACCAAAUGCAAUCUGGGGGUAAAUUUACUAGUUACUCAAAUAAAUCUGUUUUCGGUUGUAUCACACAAAUGGGGUCUGAUUCUUCCUCUGGGGACUGAGGUCUUAACUCAUGCGGGUGCCACUCUUAAAGACCCCUCCCCCUACCAGUACUGCCCCGCCCUUUCCAGGUCCAGUCUGUUUGCUGAUGCUCGGACCGGCUCCCACUCCCUCCUUCUAUCCCUCCUCCCUUUCGGAGUCUUUAAAACCCGUAGAAAUGGGAUGCCUCAUUUUCAAAGUACUGGCUGGUUCAGUUUGCAAGUAGCAAAUUUAUUUCACAUCAUCUCUGCCAGCUAGGAGUAGGGGCUAACUGGCAUCCGUGCUCCCAAACCAUCUCUAGAGCUGCUAGAAAAUCCUAGCAUUCUUCCUGUCCCGGGGUGGAGGGCACCUGGGAAGGUAACUAACUUUUUAUAAUUCCUUUCACCUGAAGAAAUACCCCAAUUUCGCCACUUGGGCUGAGCUGAGGAUGAAUUUCUAAAUCCGUGGAGCAGGUGAAAACAGAUACUCUUCGCUGGGGGAACCUUUGAGAUCCAUCCAUGCUAGAAUGGGACUGUCAAUUACAGUCUGAUAUAGGUCCCUCUUCGACGCAGCUAAACUUUGGUUGUAUCCACAGCUACGCUCAAUUCCUCAGCUCCCUAUUCAUCAGAUAUUGCUGGAAGCAGCGCCUACCCACAGGUCAGUAUUUUUGACAAGUCUGGGAUGCCCUCACCUCCCCGUUUUACCAGUUUUUGCAGGUGGGUGUGUUGAGGGGUGGAGGGAGGAUCAGGGAAUACACCAAUUGGCAGGUAGGGAAGAGGGGCACUUCAUACCCAAAUACCCUUCGGGGCUUUCUUCUCACUGGAAGGACCGUUACACUGCUUUGUUUUGGGCUUUCUCAGAAGCCACACCUGCCCCUUCUCUUAACUUAUUAGUAAAGAGUGAGCGAAUGGAAGGAGAUGGGGAGAGCGGUGGGAAGAAGUACUCUGCAGGGUAGAUGCUGGUGGAAUUCAGAGUCUUUCCACAAACAGCAGCAGAAGCAUCUUUAGCAGAGUGUGUGUUAAGGAAUCGAGACCAACUCUGUUCUGACCAAAGUAUUCACAGCCUCCUCCUUGCCUCAAAGUUACAGUUGUUUGCAUUAGGUGUGAGUCGGUCUUUCUAACUUAACUCUACCAGAUUCUCUAAGCUGCUUUUUUUCCUGUCAUCAAAUCGUCCCCUUUCUCUCCCUCCCAAUAGCCCUCGAUGCUCAUGAAUCUUGUCUCCCACAGCAUGGCCACAAGCCGAAAUAGUGAAGAAGCCUGGAUUCCCGGCCUUCUGUCUACCCAGCAGACCACUCUCUUGCUCUUCCUUUCCGUGCUGGUCGCUGUCCACUUGAGCCAGUAUAUUCUACGGCGUUGUCGUCGGCUCCCCGGGGCUGGCUGCAGCCCCCCUGGCCCAUUUCAAUGGCCCCUGAUCGGGAACGUUGUGGAGGUGGGCAACAUCCCUCACCUCUCCUUUACUCGUUUGGCUCGCCGCUACGGAGACGUCUUCCAAAUCCGUUUGGGUAACUGCCCAGUGGUAGUGCUGAACGGCGAGCGCGCCAUCCGCCAGGCCUUGGUACAGCAGGGGUCCACCUUCGCCAGCCGGCCGCCAUUCCCCUCUUUCCAUGUGGUGUCCAACGGCCUUAGCCUGGCUUUCAACAAAUAUUCUGAGAUCUGGAAAAUGCAGAGGCGGGUGGCCCACGGCACCGUGCGUGCUUUCUCCACGGGACACGUCCGCAGCCGCCGGGUCCUGGAACAACACGUGCUUAGUGAGGCGCGGGAGCUGGUGAUGCUGUUAGUGCAAGGUAGCGCUGGAGGCGCUUUUCUGAACCCGGGUCCUCUCACCGUGGUGGCUGUGGCCAACGUGAUGAGUGCCGUGUGCUUCGGCUGCCGCUACAGCCACAGUGAUGAAGAGUUCCGCGAGUUGCUGAGCCACAACGAGCGGUUCAGCCGCACGGUAGGGGCGGGCAGCCUUGUAGACGUUCUGCCUUGGCUCCAGCGCUUCCCCAACCCUGUGCGCACCGCCUACCGCGACUUCAAGAAAAUCAAUCACGACUUCUAUAGUUUCGUACUGGACAAAUUCCUGAAGCACCGGACCAGCCUGAAGCCCGGAGCUCCUCCCCGGGACAUGAUGGAUGCCUUUAUUCACACGGUGGGGAAGGAGGAGGAGAGUACUGGAAAAGCUACGUCUGGGCUGCGCCUGGACACAGACUAUGUGCCGGCCACGGUCACAGAUAUUUUCGGGGCCAGUCAGGACACGCUUUCCACGGCACUACAGUGGCUUCUCAUCUUAUUCGUAAGGUAUCCUGAAGUACAGGCUCAGGUACAAGAAGAAUUGGAUAGAGUUGUGGGUCGAGAUCGACUGCCCUGCUUGGAUGAUCAGCCUCAUCUUCCCUAUGUCAUGGCUUUUCUAUAUGAAGCCAUGCGCUUCAGUAGCUUUGUACCUGUCACCAUUCCACAUGCUACCACUGUUGACACUUCUAUCAUGGGCUAUCACAUUCCCAAAGAUACAGUGGUAUUUGUCAACCAAUGGUCAGUUAAUCAUGACCCAGUGAAAUGGCAGAACCCAGAAGACUUCAAUCCUGCCCGAUUCCUAGAUGACAAAGGAUUCAUUGACAAAGAUAUGGCUAGUGGGGUCAUGAUUUUCUCUGUGGGUAAACGCAGGUGCAUUGGGGAAGAGCUGUCCAAAGUACAGCUAUUUCUCUUUAUUGCCAUUUUGGCCCACCAGUGCAAUUUCCUUGCCAAUCCAAAUGAGGACCGAAAAAUGAAUUUUAGUUAUGGGUUAACCAUUAAACCACAAUCAUUCACAAUUAAUGUCACACUGAGAGAAUCAAUGGAACUACUUGAUAAUACUGUUCAAAGACUACAAGCCGAAGACAACCAGUGAGUAGCUAACAGAACUCCUAAUUAGAAAAAGAAAUGAAACUAUCAGUACCCGUUAGUUUCUUUCUGCCACAAACACUUGCUCAUGUGAGCCUUUUGGAUGAGAACUCACCAAUAAGUAUUUCUUAAGUGCCUGAUGAUGUGGUCCACUUGGAUCCUGGUGAGCCAAUGCAUUUGACAGAAUAGCUAAUGAAACUACAAAAAUAACUUGCAAGAUUUUGGGAUUAUAGAAUAAAAGAGGAAGAAAAACUUAGAAAUAUUCUAUAAUUUUACUAUAACACUGUCCUUUUGGACUAGUUGUUGAAAUAGUUUUUAUAGGUUUAAAAAAAAUCCCAAACCUCCUUUUUCAAUAUCAAUGUCACAAAUCUUGAGUAAGUUCUAAGAAGGCAACUUGUUUAUGUAGAAUUUUGCUGUGAAGAAAACAGCAAUGCCACAGAGUCAUGGGUUAUAUUAUUGAACAUUCAAAUCCAAGUAUAGUACUUUGAGAGAAUGAGGCCCAAAAAGGAGCAAUAAAGACUCUGCUGGCUUAUUCUUUAGGUUCUAAGCCUUUCAACAAAGUUAUUAAAGAUUCCCAGAUGCUUAAAGAUUAUGUUUUAUCUUUGACCAAAUUAGCUCUCAGCAUGGUUUGAAAAGUGAUAUUAUGUGUGAUAUGAAAUGACUCAUGCAAAAAUGGUGGGGAGGGAAUUGAACUUAUAGUGAGCUUUAUUGUUUCAGAAUGAAUUCCAAAAAGCAAUCUGUAAUAUUCCAAACUAGAUACUUGUCUUCUGGUUUCUGAAAUUCAAUAUAUUUAGAAAUAUGGGUAAAAUUAUGAAUUUACUUGCAGGCACAACUAAAAUUCAAAUAUAUGGCAAAGAGUUUUGAAAGAAUAAAUAAGGUUAGUUUAUCACAAACUGCACAGAACAUGCAAUAUGCAUAACUAUUCAUUAUAAAUAAAAAUAGCAUUAUUGAAAAGAAGUUAUUUUAGAUAGUGAAUAACCAAAUUAGUUAUCUCUUAAUGUAGAAAUGCAUUCAGUCCUCUCAGAUGUUGUUGAGCAUACUCACAUACACAGGCACAUACAUACACACACAUUUACAAAUGGAGUAGCUAUUUGCUUGUUUACUAAGAUAGCAAAUUACCUAUUUAAAUUAUCACAUCUGUUGAAAGUAUCACAUCUAAAGGAUGAUAAUUCUCAUCUAAAACACUUUUUAAAAAAAGUUUCAAAUUGUUUUCAUUAUUUUUUCCCCAAACCAAGUUAAUUAAAAUUAUUUUGUGUCUAAAUAACUUUCAACAUUUUCCACGUUUUAAUGUGACUCUGAAGUCUUUUUUUUUCAGGAUCUAAAUUUUUAAUUGAAAUUAAUAACAAUUUGAUCCUUUUGUUGAGGAAAGAUGGGGAAAUUUAGGUGCUUUAAAUGUGAUGUUAAAAAAUUUGGGUGAAUGAUGUAAGUAGUUACCUGGAUAUUCUUUGCUAUCCUAUAGACAAAACACUUGGAAUAUUGAUCCAGACGUUUUGUUGUCUUGUACAGAUAUCCAUAUGGAUAUUUCUUAUAAUUAUCUCUUUUCAUAAUUCAAAUUAUAUUUUAAUAACAAUUACAUGAAACACGUCAAUGACAACAGCCACAUACCAUAAUGCAUGGAAUUAGAAAACAGGUGAUCCAAAUUUGAGGAAGCUUUGAUUUCCAAUUGGUAUCAUUAAUAUGAACAAUAAAUGACUCUUUAAGAUAGCCUACUCGAUAUGCAAUUGUUGUGAAGAAGAGAUAUGUCACUUAUAUGUGUAUUUAGCUUAAUAAAGAAUUAAUCUUAAAAUUUUUACAUGGAUAAGCAAAAUUAUGAUUUUAUAGUUACUUCCAAAAUUUUUGCCUAAAAGGUCACUGUUUAUUUAAUACAAAACUAAAAAAGAAAUCAUAUGCACUUCUUUGGAAGUUACUUUUGAUAGAAUUACAGGCUGUUUUGUGUAUGUUUAAGAGAGUGAACUGGAAGAAAGAUGAAUAAUUCAAAUAUUUUUGCCAUGAAUGUUAAAUUACUUAACUUGAAGCACACAAAUUCAGAAAAAGAAUAUCCAGAGUGCCAGUUGCAAGUGAGAAUUUAUGAUCUUCACAAAGACAAUAAGUUUUGAAAUUUUAAUAAUAAAAUUGGCAUACUCAUUUAUUUUAUACAAUUUUUCUUUAGAAAAGUUGUUCAAAAGUCCCUGGUGAGACCAAGAAUAUAUAUAUAUGUAUAUUACUGCCUUUAUAAUAAUCAUCUAAUAUUAAAAUGGGACCAGAAAAUUUAUUCUAUUGCCAACUCUUCCACUUGGACUUUCCAGAAGUAUUGUGGCAAAAUUGGGCAUAUCUGGAUGAGUUAUUAACUGAAACAUUUGACUAUGCCUUAAUUCAUUUCUCUGUAUAUAGAUCCCAAUAUUACUUGAUAAUAAAACCAUGUUUAUUUAAUGUAAGUAAAAUAGAUACUUAGUAGUAAGAUAUUUAGACACAAUAAUUAAUGUAAACAACCGACCACUCUCUUUUCUUUCCACUCUUUUCGGCCACCAAAAAAAUACACUUUGUGGUUUGAACUUUCCAGUUUGGUGGCUAAAUUGCGUAAUUAUUUCAUCUCAUUUCAUUUUUGAUCUAUAUAAUUUGGCCUAUAUUUGCAAAUCAUCUAUAAAAGCAGAAGAUCUGUUCCAGAUAGUCACUACAGUUAAAACAUGUUCAUAAAACAAGUGGCUUUUUUUUUUUUUUUUAAUUUUGAGGCUUGGACUUUGUAAGAUGAUUGUCUUAAAAAUAUUCCAAAGAAAAUGUGUCAAGAUUGUUUUGUGGAUUACAGAAAAAUUUUCAUACCCCAGAACUUAGCCUUCAUCUGUGAAAUUAUUUUACAAAGUUAAUAUUUUCAUCUUAGAUCUAUAUUAGAUCACUUAAUUAUAUAAAAUAUGCCUUUUAAUGUAUUUUCACAAUUAUGAGACCACUAUGUGAGGAUCCCUUGUUAUAUAGCCUCUGUUAUCUUUGGACUUUUUAAAAUAAGCUUUACCACAGAAUAGAGUUGUAGCUGAAAGUGAUGCAUAUUCAUUUUUAUGAUAUGCGGCGUGAAUACAGUACAGAUUAUAUAUAUAUAAUAUAUGUAUGCACAUAUAUAUUCAUAAAUGCCUCUGUAAAAUCAUAUCUUUUUAAUUAUUUGAGGAUUUUUUCCUCCCAUGCUUAAGGAUUUAGAAUGUCUGUAAUCAUGGAAUGUUAUUACCAAAAUAUUAAAUAAAAGGUUUUUUUUUAACAAUUA